GCGCAUGCGCUGAUCCUCCAUACAGAGGAAAUAGCCGGGGAGUAGGUAGCUGCCUGAGAACGAACGAGCGAGCGAAUACCACGGGUACAGCUGGUUUCUCUUGGAACAAUUAUGACCGUCUUUCCGUUGUCGCUUUCUCUCAGGUAUCUGUUUCCCGGUCGCUGAAUGGCGCUGGUUACCGUGCAGCGCUCGCCGACCCCCAGCACCAGUUCCAGCCCCUGUGUUUCGGAGUCUGGCAGUGGGGAGGAUGACCGGCGCUCUCAGCCUAGGAGUAUCAGUGAGAGCUUUCUGACAGUGAAAGGGGCCGCCCUCUUCCUGCCCCGGGGAAAUGGCUCCUCCCCUACRUCUGCUUCCCGCUUCGCUCAGCUCCGCAGCAAACAUGCAGGUGACCUCCAGCAGCACCUGCAGACCAUGUUCACUCUCCUCCGACCAGAGGACAACAUCAAACUGGCUGUCCGGUUGGAGAGUACCUUGUAUCGGACUCGUUACAUGGUGGUGGUCUCCACUAACGGCCGUCAGGACACCGAGGAGAGCUUGGUGUUGGGUAUGGACUUCAGCCCUCAGACAGGCUUAUUGUGUGGGUCUUCCAGCUCGUGCUCGGUGGGGCUGGUUCUCCCUCUAUGGAGCGACUCACUGAUACACCUGGAUGGAGACGGGGGUUUCAGUGUGUCCACUGAUAACAGGAUCCAUGUAUUCAAGCCUGUGUCGGUGCAGGCCAUGUGGUCUGCUCUGCAGUCGCUCCACAAGGCGUGUGAGGUGGCUCGUUGCCAUAACUACUUCCCCGGCAGCCUGUUCCUGACCUGGGUCAGCUACUACCAGAGCCGUGUCUCCUCUGACCAAUCACGCAUCAACGAGUGGAACGCCAUGCAGGACGUCCAAUCACACCGCGCCGACUCUCCCGUGAUGUUCUCUGACGUGCCGACAGAGAGAGAGAGGACGGAGCGGCUCAUCAAGACUCGUCUGAGAGAGAUCAUGAUGCAUAAAGACCUGGAGAAUGUCACCUGCAAAGAGAUCCGCACAGAGCUGGAGGUGCACAUGGUGUGUAACCUGUGUGAGUUUAAGGAGUACAUAGACAAUGAGAUGAUCCUGAUCCUGGGUCAGAUGGACAGUCCCACUGAGAUAUUUGACCAUGUAUACCUGGGCUCUGAGUGGAACGCAUCCAAUCUGGAAGAGCUGCAGAACAGUGGGGUGCAGUAUAUUCUGAACGUGACGAGGGAGAUUGACAACUUCUUCCCAGGUGUGUUUGAGUACCAUAACAUCCGUGUGUAUGAUGAGGAGGCUACAGACCUGCUGGCCUAUUGGAACGACACCUACAAGUUCAUUUCCAGAGCCAGGAAAGCAGGAGCUAAGUGUUUGGUUCACUGUAAGAUGGGUGUGAGUCGCUCUGCGUCCACGGUGAUAGCCUACGCUAUGAAGGAGUACGGCUGGGACCUGGAGAGAGCAUUCAACUACGUUAAGGAGCGCCGUGCCGUCACCAAACCUAACCCCUCCUUCAUGAGACAGCUAGAGGAGUACCAGGGCAUACUGCUGGCCAGUAAGCAGAGACACAACAAGCUGUGGCGUUCCCACUCGGACAGUGACCUAUCGGAGCACCACGAGCCGCUGUGUAAGACCCGGCCAACACCCCACACCCUGGGCGCUCCGACCCUCGUAACCAGGGUAACAACCCCCGCCGCCCUCCCCUGCAGGAGCUGCUGCAGCCGCUGGAUCCCCCUCCAACAGGGCCAGGUGUGCGGUCCGUCUCCGAGUGUGGGACCCUUCUAGUGCAGGGAAGGUGGUACAGUCCAGUAAGCCAGCCCAAUACUACUGCAAACCCAGGAGAAUAAUCUGGACACUAACCAGGAACUAGGACUGAAGCUCUGUUGACCUCCACAACCGGGGACCAGUCAUUAGGUACUGGGGACAGUCUUAGGAACUGGGGACCAGUCAUUGG